AUUUUAUCUAAUAAAUAUGACUAUACCAUUCCCAGAUAUUGAUCCAUAUGAAGUUUUAGAAGUUUCUAAAUCCAGUACACCACUUGAAAUAAAAAAAUCAUACAAGAAAUUAUGUUUAAAGUAUCACCCAGAUAAGCUUCAACAGAGUAGUUUAGAAGUUAGUGAUGAAGACUUAUUUCCAAAGAUUCAAUUUUCAUACAGUAUACUUUCUGAUUCCAAUAAAAGACAAAGAUAUGACACCAGUGGGUGGCUCGGAGAUUCUUCAGAGGAAGGAGAAGAAGGAGAAGGAUUUGAUUGGAAAGAAUAUUUUGAUAAUACAAAUGAAAAGAUAACCAUAGAAAUGAUUGAAGAAGAUAAAAUAAAAUAUCAAGGAUCAGUUGAGGAAAAAAAUGAUAUAAUUCAAAAUUUUAUUUAUUAUGAAGGAGAUUUUAUCAAAUUAUUCGAAGUAAUCCCACAUUUGGAAUUUGAUGAGAUACAGGAAGAUAGAGUAUAUCAAUUAAUUGAGACUGGGAUUAAAGAGGGGACCAUUUCUCUUGACACUGAUGCAGGAAAAGUAUGGAGUAAAUAUUGUAAAACCAGGAAAACAAAGGUGAAACAAAUGCUUAAAAAGCUUAGUAAGGAGGCCAAAGAAGCUGAAGAAUUGGAAAAGAAAAUUAAAGGAGGUAAAAAGAUUAAGAAUGAAGGAGAUUUAGCAGCAUUAAUAAAGUCGCGUCAAUCAGGUAGAUUAGAUGAUUUAAUUGGGAAGCUUGAGCUGAAAUAUGGAGGUAAGAGGGGUAAAAAGAGAAGCAAAGAUAUUGAUGAUGAUGAAUUUGAACGCAUACAAAGGGAGAUGAAAAAGAAGCGAUAAAGAGAAAGACGUGCAUUGAAGAGUAUAAAAUUUAAAGUAUAUAAGC